CCUUUCAGAGAAGAAAACGUAUGUUCCGUUUUCAUUGUUAAACACGUGUUGCAGUGUUUGUCAGAAAUCGAUGUCGAAGAAAAAAUGACAUGCGCAUCUCUGUAGAGAGAGAGAGAACAACACCCUGAACUAUGGCUGGGUCCAUGUGUUACCUUACACAGGUAAGCUAAUUAAGACCUCACUCGCCCACAUAGGAGAACAGAAGUGACCCGUUCCCAGGGCACGGUGUCGAAAUGCUUGGAUAAUCUUUGAUUUUGAUCGUACAAAAGCGAGUAUUAUUGCGAUAAAACUGAAUAAGCCAUUGUGAGUUAUCCAGUGUUUGACGAUACGUUAGAAGACACCUGCUCCUAGGACGGGGGACUUCAGUAACAAAGAAAUGAUAGAACUUUGUAUAAUAAGUAAAUUCAAGGAUGUUCAUAAUCACAACUCAGACAGAAAAAAAUUUGAUCAAAUUUCCAUGGCAACUUGAAUUUACCUGGGAUUCACCUGUUGUGAUCAUUGAUUUCUAAGGUAACACGAUUUACUCCCAUCCACUGUUGUUAGAUAUAAGGCUAUUAUCUAUGGAUGAACAUGCUCUGACAUUAGAAGAAGACAACUCUGUGAACCCAUGGCUUGGCCCAAAGGAUGAAGCAGCUUAGCAGCACAACACCCGGAUCCAAUGAACAAUUAGCAGCAUGCUUAAUUAUCUUGUACCAGACCCUAACUUUACGGGCUCUCUACGGAAACUUAUUCAGCGAUUAGCGGACACUUUAAUUCCAUCAGAGGUUCAUGGCUUCGGGAUCGAUCUAGAAGCCAUUACCGCGUGAGGACUGUGCGUUUUUGACCCGGAAUAUGUCUACGGGUCCGCUGCCAUGGAUCGUACUCACACCUGUGGCGGUUCUUACAGAUUUAUUUUCAGUUACUAUUUUGUGUCACUAUCGCCGUCAUUUUCAUGGGACCGAUGUUGUUUUCAUUUCCAUUCUCGUCUGUAUGGUGCUUAACGCCUUGGUGAUCCCUUUUAUUCCCGCGCUGUUGAAUAUUACCAACACGGAAUGGAACGAAAGCUUGUGUAAUUUCUUUGUGUGGACUGCAUUGACCACACGAAUGGUCCAGGUGUCAAAUCUGGCACUUUUAUCUUUCCAUUGGUCAAAAAUACUCAGAACUUCAACAAAACGGAUCAAAAUCAGUACCACAACUACUGUGAAGAUUAUUGUUCCUAUUUUCUGGGGCGUGGCCGCAGUUGUCGGACUGUUGCCUGUUAUUGGAGCGGUUCCUGAUAAUUUUAAAACCAAAAAUGACUGUUUCUUUUUGCUUUCAGACCUGGGCUUGGGUUUCCUUAUAUUUAUGAUAGUGUUCAUUUUAACCAUGGCUUGUAUCUCCCUCGUGUGUUCAUUCGAUUCUAUUGCUCUCAUUCACUAUGCAAAGAAGAUUGCAUUUAUCAAAUACGGAGCAGGGAGAUUUUACUUACCGAGGAAAAAUGAUGGUUUAGCUGAAAAUUACACGGUUCACGAGCGUUACGGACAGCUGAACUUUGCUGCCGAUCUCUGUCGUCUGGUGACGAUUGUGACUUGUUUUAGUCUCAUUGUUAAUCAUAUACCAUGUGUUGUCAUUGAAUUUCUAUAUAUGAGCAUCGGAACAGAUAGGGGAUUAUCAGAAGACUUGGUCACGUGGUUAUCUCUGAUCGAGGCUCUGGUGCUACCCCACUUCCUGUGGUUUGGGAGCAGACGGUAUAAACACGCAAUUACUUACGUCUUCAAAGUGCAUAUCUUACGUCGUAACCAUGACAACGAAGAAAAUCCCGACUCAUGCACAUUGCAGUCUUUUACAAGAAAAAUCAAAGAUGUUCAAACAUUGCCACGCAAAGUUCACAUUCCUAACAAUCUAUCGCCAUCUGAAAGAACAAGCCGAAAUUCGUCCACUAGGGGGCGCCCAGGAGAGUCCUCAACGGAGUUUAACAUUCAAAGCAAAGUUAGAGCUAGUAAUUCAAGCAAAGUCAACGUUGAUGUACAUAGUAAUGGCGGGUCAAUGGAUUCAAGAGAUAUGAGUCAGUUUGUCAGAUCUGGGUCCUCGGGCUCACGAAACGACCAAGCUAGAAAGAAACAUCUUCCAUCUAUAUUUAUUAAUGACACGCUUAAGAGUGCAUCACCAAAGCGUAUGAAUACCGAGACACAAAACGAAAUGGUUAAAGUCCAAAAAUCUGAAUCAAGUAAUUCUAUGUAUUACAUGUCUAGUGAUUAUCACCCAGACUGUUUAAAUACUGAUAGCUUACCCAGAAUUCCAUGUAAGGGACAUCCUGAAUCGUACAGUAACCCCACUACAAUCACUGACGGACGGAUAUACCUUGAAAGAUACGGUUCGAAUUCCUUUCCUCGAUUGUACGAAGAAUCCACAGGCGUCUACUCUGGUUCAUUUGGUAGUAUUCCCAGAAAGAAGCCACCUAAAAUGGGACUGCGAAGUAAUUCUGGAAGUUCGUCAAGUCUCUAUCAAACGCACUCACGGUCCUCAAGUGGAAAUGUCUACAUCUAUGGUCAUUCAAGAUCAGCAAGUGGAACAAUUUUUAAAUCCUCUAAUAUUACCUUACCUUCUGCACACCAAACCCAAGGGAGGGGUCGUUUGGUUCCGCGACAAUCAAGUGAGAGAAGCGAAAGCGAGGGAGUGGCUGGCCAAUACUGUGAAAGCGACAUCGACAACGUUUUGCAGAAUAUUUCAAUGGACUCUGAAGAAAUACAGAAUAAGCCUGUUGAAAUUCACUCAGUGACUUUCAUUGAAAGACCACAGGUAUUUUACGAAGGCGAGAAAUUACGGAGACCAUUGACACGACAAGAACAGUUUUAUCCACAUCAGAAAGAUAAAGAGCAAUUAUCGGACGAGAACGAUUCCGGAUGUAUGGCAAACUGUGCAGAAGAACAUUUUGAGUGCAACUUCAAUAUUCAUAAACAAUCAAAGUCACUUGCAACAAUUACACGUGAAAGUUCUGAUGCAGAGCUUGAUGGAUUUACAACAAGCGAACUUUUAUCUUCUAAACCUUAUUCAUAUUUAACAAAUAACACCAAAAAUGUAAGACAAAUCCAAAACCCUGGUAUACACCAUAAAUCCCGUUUGCCUUGGAUAAAUCCUGAUUUACCUGACAGUGUCCCGAAUUUGUUUGAUAGGGAGAAAUCGGUGGAAUAUGCAUUUUUUAAUAAUCACUUUUUAACUUCACUAGAGACUACGGGUAUAUCUGCUUCACCAAGAUUCGACGAAAAUACGGAUCGCGGUUUUGAAGAAGCUUUAAAUGCAAGUUACAAUAGCAGGGAAAGCCUUUGUAGCUUUAAUGGUGCUUAUGUUGAGUCUGUCUCAGAAUGUACGGACAUGGGAGAAUUCUUUGAUAACCAACAGUGUGAUGAUAGUUAUGAGUUCAAAACACAGGCCAUUGUCUCUAGAAUAUCUCCGGCAACUCUUAAAGAUCCAUUUCCCGAGCCCGACGACUCGGUUUUCACAAAAUCAAAAGUAUCAGAAACUGGACAAUACUUUCCAAAAGACGGGAAAGAAGGGAAUUGGCCAAAUUCAUCUCCAUGGCCAAAGUCCACAAGAAAUUCCAACUCUGUUGAUCUUUCCUUUGAAUCCAAUUUUUCUAACGAGCGACAGGUACCAGAAGGUGGUCCAUACCAAGACAUAGAGGCUGUCUAUUUUUAAAGAAAAAAAAUUGAACGAUGACAUUGUCGACUUUGAGCUAUAAAUGAAUACAGAACAAAAAGAGUUUAAGAUCACCAAAUCACACUUAAUUCUGUCUGUUUUACAUUCCCAUUUUUUCUAUUUUCAUUUUUUUGUAUUUUUUCCCCUUCGUUUUAAACAACAAGUGAGAACUUUUGUCCUUUAAGGAUCUAUGGUUAACAAACUGAUAUAUUGCUAAUUUUCUAUCAUACACUUCUAAAAACUGUCUUUCAGCUGAAAUAGUUAUAAUAUAUUUAUAGCAACAAAUUUUCUUUAAGAGUUUUUGUAUGUUUAAUAAGGAAAAAAAUAUAUGCAUGUAUACUGUUCAAAAAAGUGGUGUCUUUACAACUGUCUCUCAGUAUAAAUUUUCAUUAAUUGAAAUACUCAGUGCAGGUAUAUCUAUGUUAUAUCUUUUUAUAUUGUUACAACAUUCAGAGGUGUUCAGGUUUGCUUAAACUCCCUUGUAUUACUUGCAGAGUAAAUUAUAAAUCACUAUAUAUACAUGUACUUGAAUGCAACUAUUGACAAUCAUCAACACUGUCUUGUAUUAUCAUAUUGUGAUUUUUUUUUUCAUGUUAUAAUUCA